AUGCAGGGGUGGUACCAAUUUGGAUAUGAUGGUUUUCCAUCUGGUGAGGUACGUAGACGGUUCUAUCGCCAACGUGAUGACCCUUGUGACAGUGAAGAGGAACAAGAGGUGUAUAAUGACAAUGACCGACCUGUUUACUACUAUCCAAUGCAUGAAAGUGAAGAAGCUUCUUCUGCAGAGGAUGAGAUGGAGGAUGAAUUAAUGUCAAUACCACCACCGCCAUCUACUCCUUUUCCUUUACGUAUGUCAGUUUGGGAAAAUUAUUUGGGUCACUGUGGUAGCACCAUUGUGCCUUUAAAAGGAGAUUUUGAUAUUACUGAAGAGAAUGAUGCUUACUUCUUAUUACAUGGAGGUGCAUUGACAGUAGAUGGACAAGUUAUAAAUUCCUCUGAUGUAUUGCAUGUGGAAGCAAGUGUGAGUCUUUUUUCAGGAAAUCAGACAAUUUCUGUUGUAUCUUCUGAUGCUUCACUUGCUAAAGCUAUUUCUUUGACAGGUGGGAAUCCUUUUGCUUCAGAUGAAGUACAUACUACAUUAGAUAUUCCAGCAUCACCACCUCGUCGUUUUGGACAUUGUGCAGUAACGAUUCCAAGUUUUAAUGCACUUGAUAUGCUUAUACCUGAAUACCAUACAAAAUGUCAAUUACAUUUAUCUUUAAUUAUUGGUGGUGCUUUUUGUGAUCGAGUUCCAAAAACAGUUCAUGAUGUUCACAUAAGAGGUUCAGUAAUGUGUGAACCUUGGUUAUCUGUAACCGUACUUAAAAAUUGUAAAGAAUCUUCAUCCUUGAUAACUCAUUCUGAAAUAUCUUCCAUACCACCAGUUACUUCAUCUACAACACAUUGGACAUCACAUUACCCUCUUCCAGGAUUAACACCUUUUACUGUAGUGCCUCGGGUUUUUGCUACUUUAACUCCUUGGCCAAUUAUAAAAAAAGAUUCUGAAAUUGUAUCAUAUGCAUAUUUAGGUGGAAGUAUGAACGGCUGGGAUCCAUUACCGUUAUUUGGACUCUGGUUAAUUCAUGUAGACACUAAACAAUGGAGACUUUCUUCUUCACUUCUUGAGACUUUUGGAGAAGAACCGCCAUCUCGAUUUGGUCAUUCUGCAGUUCUUGUAAAUUCACAAGAAAUCUACGUCUUUGGAGGAAUAGGAGUACGUCGAACCUAUUUAAAUGAUCUUAUGGUAUUAAACUGUUCGACAAGAGUUUGGAGAGAAGUUUUUGUUCCUUCUGUGUUUACAAUGCCACCACGUGCCUUUCACAGCUGUGUGUUAUUACCACAAUCUGAAACACUUCUUUUCAUUGGAGGUGAAGCUGGUGGUCGACAUGAACCUACUGUCUGGAAGUAUAAUGUUGAACGUGGGGUUUGGCGUCUGGUAACAUUUCCAAUGCUGGAUGGUUCUCUUAAUUUAUUAACAACGAGAAAAAUUGACACAUCUACGAGUCGUUUCCUUAGUGCUGUUCAUCUUUUAUGUGAGCGGGAAAGAUUAGAUGCUGAAGGACGAGAUGCCACCACUAGUAGUAUGGAUUCACAAGACAAGAAUAGACGAGGCCGUAAUCACACCAACAGUGGUGGGAACAAUACAUGGUCAUUACCAACCUCAAUGACGUCUAAUUUAGGAAAUGACUUUGUUCCUGUUCCUCCUUGUUCGUCUUCUUUUUUUUCUUCAUCUUCCUCUUCUUCGGUUAAAGUUCAUCAUGAGAAUACUACUGUUACGCCUCUCAGUAAGUACUACAUUGCUGCUAUGCAUGGAUCUCUUUUACAAGUAUUGCCUAUGCGAAGUGGUGUGGUGAUAUUCGGGGGAACAAAAUCUCCUGCAGUGACACCAUUCAGUUGGAUUGCAGCGCGAGAUUACUCUUUGAAGGAAAUUGCAGCUAUGUGGAUCUGCACGCAUCGAUCGCGUCCCUUCUUAGAUGGGAAAUUGGGUCAAUCACUUUAUACGGAUGCGAGUACAUUGCAUGAGCAAGAGGAACAAGUUGCAAACAAUACAACAAGGGAACGUGCUAAUUUGGUAAAACGUUCCAUUGCGGAGUAUCAACUUGAUCAAUGGCAGCGUUACGCCCGCAAGCGUCUUCGUGAUCAGUAA